UUACUCCAGUAAAGUUGCUGUUGGGAGACCAGUAGGUUUCCCAUCAGUGUUCGUAGCUAUGGAUUCUCGUGUUUCUGUUAUCCACGAACUUCUACUUUUCUGCGAUCGGAAGAGUUCCGACCUUGAAAAUUGUGCCAGAGACUUGGUCGUCCAAAAGCUCGAUGGAGUUUGCCAGGCUUCUGCAGAUGCAGCGAAUUUGUGUGCAGCAUACAAUCUGAACCUGUCAAGAGGUUGCUGGAAUGUUGAAAAGAGGCUGAAGGCACUUCCGAAGCUUGAUGCACCCAGUGGUAAGGAUCUGGAAGAGGUUUUAAGCGUUGGUAGCGACAUUCUGGAGCAGCUGAGUGAAUUGCUCAAGGUUUCUGAUAGCGUCAACAAGGAUGCGAGGAAACUUCAUCUGGCCAUGUGCUGUAAUAGGGACAACCUAUCCAAGCAGAAGAAAGAAUAUGAAAAUCGUUGCGAUCAGCUUAUCAAGGAGUUAGGCACAGGGAAGAAGGUGGAUUCCGUUCUCCAAGUGACUACUCUGGGCCUCUUGGCAGCUGGAAUUCCAUUGCUUUUGUAUGGUGCUGGUGCUGCUGGAACCCUAGCUUGCGUUGGAGCUGUUGCCAGUGCUGUGGGCAAAGACCUGCAGCAGCAUCACUCCAGUGAGGCCGCGGCCGAGCUUUACAAAAAGCGCGAGGACAUUGUUGCAGCAAAAGGGACAUUAAUCUCCUACUCGCAGCUGGACUUCUCUGCAGCCCCAUUGUCCACGGGUCUUGACACCCUGGAUGGUCACCUUCAAGCACUGAUGGAUAUUCUGGAGGAAAUGCUGAAGAAAGUGCAAGGCAACAAGUUCCUCCAAGCUGAAGUGUUGAGGGAAGAGCUUGAUGACCAAUUCUACAAUGGAGUGAAGCCUCCAAAGGGAGGUUGCAGGUAGUACAAGGACUAAAAAUCAACUUACGGUACGAUGUACAGUCUGCUAGGAGCAGUAUAAGAGCGUGUUCCUACUGUAAGAAUUUGUUAGGUGUUGCAGAAGUCGAAGUAUAAAAUCUGCAGACACGAACACUUGGAAAACCUCAAGUGUUAGUCCAGGAUCUUUACUGGAAUGGGGUAGACUAGUAAGACAGCGGAAGUUUUGUAAAAGUGAAUCGAAGUAUAGCUCUU